GUUACAAAGCAAGGUGUCUCCGAUCGUGUAGUUGAUGAGUUGAACCCCGGUCAACAGUUUACGCGGUCUCAAGUGGAGGUGCUGAUCUCAUAUGAUGACAAGGAGAUGCCAUCCAUCACGGAUGAUGACAUAAAAUCAAUUGGCGAGCUCGUUGACAGUGAUGACGUCCUACGAUCCACCCUGGAAGCCCACAAGGCCUGGAUAACGACGAAACCUUUCACACACGAAUCUCUACUUAUCGACCGGAAGGACUACCGUCUCACACGAGUCGAAAAGAAAAUUGCACGUCAGCGCUAUGAGCAGGAGAAGAUGAUGUCCUUCUCAUUCCAACAUGCUCAACAGCUACAGCAAUUACGAAUACUGCAGCAGCAGGCGGCCCUCUAUGCCUCAGGACUCCAUCAAUCGAUGCGCGGCUACUCGGGUGGUCAUGUCCCCAGCAUCCUUUCCAAGAGCGCGUCAUCAUUUUCGUUGAACGACUCCUACAAAGCCAUGCUUGCUGCCUCCUCCGAGGCUGCCGCUCAGGCGGAACGCAUCUCUCGCAUUCGAAUGCUGCAAAAAGAGUUGGACGAUGCCCGUGCACGAUCUGCCGCCAAAGAACUUGGUUUGACGCUAAACAACGGCGCGUUUGGUCCAGACUGUAAGAUUACGCGUGUGGUCGCGACCUCCGAUCUCGUGUUUCCCAGCACUAACGGACCUCAAGGCUCCGGCGAGGAAAGGAAGAUUCCAAAGGGCGAGAUUGUUGAAAUAAUCCAGACCAGCCGGGGCAAGUACUUACGCCUGCCACGUACGGGUGACCUGUACGCCGUGAAGGCCGGCCAGCCAGCUCCAGAGGAGCCCUCGAGCAACACCCCUGUUGCUACCAGCGAAUCUGGUCCCAGUUCGCAGUCCACAGGGACAAUGGGCACGCCAACGUCGCCUUCAGUCGCCAUGCCGAUGAACCCCACUGAGAGCCACCGCGAUAGUUCCCUUUCUGGCGCUAACACCUCCGUUGGGCCGGGCAGUCAGUUCCCCUGCCGAACACCACCACACACAGAGGCAGCGCAGGCCGGACCUCAAGUUUCUCAUCCCGCCACCACUACCACCACAUCCGGUGCAUCUGUUCCAGUUUUCCCAUUGGUUAAACCCGAUUCCUUUCCACCCGAUCCGCAG